AUGUCUACCUUCACCUACCUCAUCACCGGCGCCUCCCGCUCUCUCGGCCUCGGCUACGCUCGCGCGCUUCUCGCCGCUCGCCCCGAGGCUCGCGUCGUCGCCGCCGCCCGCAACCCCUCGGCCGCGACCGACCUCCAGGCGCUCGCCAACGAGGACGCCAACAAGGGCCGCGUUCACGUCCUCCAGCUCGACGUCGAGGACAAGGCGCAGAUCGCAAAGGCGGCAAAGGACCUCGAGGCGUGCGGCUUCCUCGGCGAGGCGGGCGGCAUCGACGCCCUCAUCCACAACGCCGGCGUCGCGCUCAACCACCAGACCAAGCCCUCGCAGCUCGAGCCCGAGGACGUUCUCGACAACCUCAAGAUCAACGUGUUCGGCGUCCUCAACGUCAACAAGGCCUUCCUGCCUUUCCUCGAGAAGGGCAAGGGCAAGCAGAUCUUCGCCUUGUCGAGUGUGUGCGCCUCGAUCGAGCAGUGGGGCAACAACGUCAUGACGCCGGCGUACUCGGUUUCCAAGACGGCGCUCAACAUGUGGAUGAGCAAGCUCGCGGCGGAGCUGGGCCCGAAGGGCUUCACGGCAAUCAUGUUCCACCCCGGAUACGUGAAGAGCGACAUGAACAGCGGAGCAGGAGAGAUUACUAUCGAGGAGGCGGCCGACUUUGCCGUCAAGAACGUCUUCCUCGCGGCCAAGCCCGAGCUGAACGGCGCAUUCCUCCGCUACAGCGGCGAGAAGAUGCCGUGGUAG